CUGCGCCUACCACCCUCCUCCUUCACCGGCCGGUCUUCAAAGAAGUCUUGAAUUCUUUUAUCCGCUCUUUUCCCCGCCGUCCCCAAAAGAUUGUCUCCGAAGCCGGAGUUGUUCUUCUGCGCUCAACAGGCAAAAAGCCCUCUCAGGUUGGAGGGGAGCCAUGAGCCGAUUCCUGAACGUGUUACGAAGCUGGCUGGUGAUGACGUCGGUCAUAGCUGUGGGUCACUCGCUGCAGAGCUUCCGAGACCACACCUUUCUCUAUGAAAAGAUCUAUACCAGCAAGCCAGACCUGGUGAAUGGCCUCCAAGCUCGGACCUUUGGAGUCUGGACGCUGCUCUCAUCAGUGGUUCGUGGCCUCUGUGCCAUCGACAUUCACAACAGAACGCUCUACUACAUCACGCUCUGGACCUUCUUCAUUGGCAUGGGGCACUUCCUCUUUGAGAUGUUUGUUUUUGGGACCGUGGCUCCCACGAUUUUCAUGCUGGCAAUCCUCACGGUGGCAAGUAUCUCGAUCCUGGGCAUGCUAGUGGGGCUCCGGCACCUAGAAGCAGAACCAGGAUCCAGACAGAAGAAGAGAAACUGAGGUCAACAUCACCAUGUCCAAGUUGUCACCUCCCGCCUUUGCUCACCUCUUCCUUCUCUAUGCUCUUCAGUUUCACUUCUGCUCCAUCAUCCACUUCUAGCCUUUCACAUUUAGGGUUUUUUUUUCUUUAAUUUAACAUUUCUAAGCGAUAACAUGCAUAUAGAAAGUCAGUGCCAUUUAAAUGUAUGUGAAGAAACAUUUUAGAAUGAUGUAGGUCCAUCCAAAUUAAGGAACUGCCCGUAUAUCUGAAGUCCACUGUUUAUCCUUCCCCCACCCACAGCCUCUUCCAGCACUGCUUUUCCAGCCUUCUCCUUUCUUCCUUUUAUUUUUAACUGUCGACUUGACUUGUAUGGUUGGAAGAUGCAAACUAUUAAACUUCAAGCUGCUACUUUGCCCAGAGCAUUGCCACCAAGGGCUGCUAUGAGGGAUUGUCCAUCCAGAUUGGGUUUCUCUCUGCUGCCAUACCCAUGAUCCUGAACCAUCCAUGGGAUAAGCAGUUCUUCUAAGAAGGGCUCCCCGGCCAGUGAGCAUGGCCCCUUCCUUGUGCCUACAGGUGGAUCAUGAUUGGAAGGGUCUGGGCUAUUUUUAGAGCUUCCAGUCAGCUGUAUGUGUAAUAAUAUUUGUGAUAAAUAGAGAAAACUUCUGCUCUGAUCAGUCCUGAUACUUUGGCCUCCCCUAAGCCCAGAGUGCUCCUGCCCUCCUCUGAGGCCUAGCAGAGGAAGAUCCCAGCUUUCUGCGGGUCGAAUACACCAUAAUGAGGAGGACAGCACAAGACCCAGGCAAACCUGGCUGCCUUUAGUCUCUUGUUCAUUUCUCAUGAAGUCAAAUCUUCCUCAUCUCUAUCCCCACCUUCCAAAUUCUGAGCAGACAGCUGAACAGCCAGAACCCUAUCUUGUUCUCUUCGCAAAGAAGAAGCAGGUUCUUGAGAAAGCAGAACCAGACAACAUGGAAGACACAGCUGCAUGAGCAUGAAGAGAGCCUGGGGCCCAAGGACAAGGCCCCGGAGCAGAUGGCUGCCAUCCAGACACAGCCCUGGGCACCUCCACACUGGCCGGACCCUCACGCACAGUGUAUAGAUGCGAGAACCCAUUCGCUACUUCAGCGAGUGUUUAUUGAACACUUACUCCAUGCCGGACACUUGGGAAGGAAAAAUGAAUGAGCCAGGCAAUGUCCCUGUAGUCAAGAAACAGACUGUCAACAAGCCCACACCUGGAAGAACACUCUAGGCAGUGACGAGAACUCUAGAUAACCAGGUAUUGUGAUUCGGAAGGGGAGGGAGUGCACAACAUAGAUCACUGGGAAAAGCCUCUCUGAGGAGGUGGGAUCUGAGUUGAAUCACAGAGCUCGUAUGUCUUAAUACGUGAGGCAGUGUUUAGGGCAGAUGGAGCAGCACUUAGUCUUGUGGGAGGACUAAGCUCACUAACUGCAGAUGGGGACGUUCGGAAGUGAAAGGCAGGAGAUGGGAAGGGAGCAGGGGGCUUGUGAAGGGCAUCCUCAAUCAGCUAAGGCUCUUUAGGUGAAAGGAACAAAAUCUUCCUUAAACGAGCUGAAGCAAUAACGAUGACGUUGGCUGACGAAACUGGAAAGAGGAUUGUGGGCUUCAGGAGUGGUUUGACCAGGAUUCAGCUCCAUUUCUCUGGCGUUCUUUUGACUCUGCCCUCCUGUGCUGGCUUCAUCCACAGGCUGGCUUCCUUUAUGGUAGCCAGCAAUUCCAGGCCUCAUGUCCCCACCUAGAAAAAUAGCUCCGUGGUACGAGCUAUCUUUCCCUUAUCAGCUAUUGUAGGAGGCAGUAAAAAAAGCAGUGAUCUUACAGAGAGUUAAUGUUUGAGUGGAGGUCUGCAGGGAACCCAUCUUAGAAAGGAAUGAAUGAAAGCACAACACAAUAUGGAUCUUCUAGGCAUGCCUCAAAGAAAUGUGAUUCCUGAUAAAUAAAGGGAAGAUCCCAAAGGAUCUAAAGAAAUGAUACAGGUAUCUGGCUGAUACUCUGGCUAUUAGGUUUCUCUAACAGCCCAGGCUUGGCUCCCUUCCCAGGUGAGUUAAAGUGGAAUCCUAGUGUUGUUUGUUGGCCUAAGGAUUGCUGGCAGAUAGAGUGCCAGAGUGUCCCACAUGCAGUGCAGCUUGCUAGAGAAGAAAUGUCCAGGAAAGUGAUGACUUCAGCCCAUUCUUGUAACUCAUAUCAGGUAAAUGCACUACGAAGGGAAGAGUGACAGGAAGGGGAACAAUCCAGAACUGCAGAAAACAAAACUGGAUUCCGGCCCAGACAAUCUGCUGCAUGAUUGCUGUGCUUGUAGAACAGACAUUGCAACCACCCUUGGAGAUACAGCCAGAAACCACAGUGGGCUCUUGGCAGCAGGCACACUCGGGUGAACUGUCUUCGAGUGGACGCUAUAUGGAAAGCAGUCCCAGUCACGUGUUAGGCACUGAGUUGCUGUCCCCAAAUAGGCCAGGUGUAACCUCUGCAGCCUCAUCUUAAAAAGAACCCACGAGGGGGGAAAAGACCUAAACAGACAUUUCUCCAAAGAAGACAUACAGAUGUCUAACAAACACAUGAAAAUAUACACAACCUCACUGAUUGUUAGAGAAAUACAAAUAAAAACCACAAUGAGAUAUUACCUCACACUGGUCAGAAUGGCCAUCAUUAAAAUGUCUAAAACAAUAAAUGCUGGACAGGGUGUGGAGAAAAGGGAACUUUCUUGCACUGUUGGUGGGAAUGUAAAUUGAUACAGCCACUAUGGAAGACGGUAAGGAGAUUCUUUAGGAAACUAGGAAUAAAACUACCAUAUGACCAAGCAAUCCCACUUCUAGGCAUAUACCCUGAGGAAGUCAGGGUUGAAAAAGACACAUGUAUCCCAUUGUUCAUUGGAGCACUAUUUACAAUAGCUAGAACAUGGAAGCAGCCUAGAUGUGCAUCAACAGAUGAAUGGAUAAAGAAGUCAUGGUACACAUACAGAGUGGAAUAUUACUCAGCCAUAGAAAGGGACACAUUUGAGUCAGUUCUGAUGAGGUGGAUGAACAUAGAACCUAUUAUACAGAGUGAAUUGAGUGAGAAAGAGAAAUACCGUAUUCUAGUGCACAUAUAUGGAACCUAGAAAAAUGGUACUGAAGAAUUUAUUUACAGGGCAGCAGUGGAGAAGCAGACAUAGAGAAUAGACUUACGGACAUGGGGAGAGGGGAGGAGCAAGUGAGAUGUAUGGACAGAGUAACUUGGAAACUCACAUUACCGUAUGUAAAAUAGAUAGCCAACGGGAAUUUGCUGUGUGGCUCAGGAAACUCAAAUAGCAGCUCUGU